AUGCCAGUUCCAACAGCUCUGGCUGUGCCAGCGGCGGCGGCAGGUCUCGCAUACUUGAAUGCGAGAUGGCGCAUUCCGGACGAUGUUCGAAUAUUGAAGGCAUUGAUCGGAGGCUCAAUCGCCUUUAAAAGGAGAGAGCGAGCAGAUCGAAUUAAUAGCUUCUAUAUUCUGGAGGGUCACGCCAACAAUCCUAAGGUCGCAGAUAAGACAUUUAUCAUAUACGAUGGCCAAGCAUGGACGUUUCGACAGACCUACGAAACUGUGCUUCGUUAUGCCGGCUGGUUGCAUUCCACCCACAAAGUCACCAAAGGCGAAUUCGUGGCCAUCAACAUGAUGAACAGCGCGCAAAUGUUGUUCACUAUCAUAGCUGUAUGGUCGCUUGGCGCCGUUCCGGCCCUCAUCAAUUACAACCUCACUGGGGAUGGGUUCACUCACAGCGUCAAGUCCGCCAGUGCGCGAGUCCUGAUCACCGAACCUGAGAUCGAAUCGAAGACACUUGAUGAUGCGACCCGCGCUGUCCUCUUGUCACCAACGUUUCGCAACAACUCCUUCCCAUUGGAAAUUGCCGUUUUGGACGGAGGCUUGUUGAAGUCUUUGAACUAUUUUCCGCCAUAUCGAGCCCCCGACUCCGUGCGAUCUGGACUUCAAGGGCGAUCCCCUCAGGUCUUGAUUUUCACAUCCGGAACAACAGGUCUCCCCAAACCAGCACUUGUGACUUGGGAACGCACGCAAGCCUCCUCUGAUACGGUCUACAGGUGGAUUGGUCUCCGAAACGUGACAACCGCGAAUCCCGACCGCUACUACACUGCCAUGCCACUCUAUCACAGCUCAGGAUUCCAGCUCAAUUUCCACGUCUGCCUUAUCGGCGCUUGUACGAUGGUUGUUGGUCGAAAAUUCUCGGCAUCGAAUUUCUGGGACGACGUGAUCAGGAGCGAGGCUACGGCAAUACAAUACGUUGGUGAGACCCUGCGAUAUCUCCUGGCAGUCCCGCCUCGGCCAGAUGAUCGUACGCGGCACAAUGUUCGUCUUGCCUUUGGUAAUGGCUUGCGCGCCGACGUGUGGGAGCGAUUUCGUGGGCGCUUCGGUGUGGAGACCAUCAUCGAGUUCUACGGCGCCACGGAAGGUGUCGGUGGCACGUUCAACUACAAUCGCAACAGUUUCUCCGCCGGCGCGAUCGGAUCUAUCGGCAGUCUGACGAACCUCUUGAUGAGCUCGAUGUACGCUUUUGUUAAGGUCGACUGGGACACCGAGGAGCCGUAUCGGGAUCCAGAGACGGGCUUUUGCGUCAAGGUGUCUACAGGCGAGCCGGGUGAGCUUCUCGCCAAGCUUGAUGAAAAAGACAUUGGCGCCAAAUUCCAAGGAUAUCACAACAAUCCUGAAGCGACCAAGAAGAAGCUCAUGCGAGAUGUCUUCAAGAAAGGCGACGCCUAUUUCCGGACAGGAGACGUAAUCAUCAAAGACUCAGAGCACAGACAGUGGUUCUCAGAUCGCAUCGGUGACACAUUCCGAUGGAAAAGCGAGAACGUCUCGACAGCACAGGUUGGCGAAGUACUUGGCCACCAUCCCAAGGUUCAGGAGGCGAAUGUCUACGGCGUUAGUCUACCAGGAUACGAAGGGCGUGCUGGCUGUGCAGCAGUCAUGCUCGAACCAUCAGCUUUUGAAGGGGCUGGGCACCUCAAACCUGAGGUGCUUGAAAGCCUCGCGACGUGGUGUACCAAUAGUCUGCCGAAGUAUGCUGUGCCCAUUUUCAUUCGAACGGUGACGGAGCUAGUCGUCACAGGCACGAACAAACAACAAAAGCCCAAGCUUCGACAAGAAGGCGUGCAGCCAGACAGGAUGGGCUCAGACAAGGUGUACUGGCUGAAGCCAGGCAGUGCAAAGUAUGAGCCAUUCGAUGCUCGUGGAUGGAGUGAGAUAUGUGGUGGAACGGCGAAGCUGUAG